AUGCCAGAGUGUCCAGAAACCCAAAUCUACGAUGAAUGUACUCCACUUAUUCAACCAACAUGUUCCAACCCCAAACCUUUCCAAGAAAAGGGUGUUGUCUCUGGCUGUGUCUGUCCUGAAGGUCUUGUUAUUGAUGAUUUGGGAGGAAGCAGCAUUUGUAUACCUAUAUCUGAUUGCCCCUGUGUCUAUGCUGGACAAAUCUAUAAAUCAGGAGAAAUAAGGAAAAGCAUUUGCAACUCAGAGUGCUCCUGUUCUAGUGGGACCUGGCUUUGUCCUGAAGACCACUGUCCUGGAACUUGUAAUAUAGAAGAGGGAAUGUUUAUGAAGUCUUUUGAUGGUGUAACAUUCGAUUUCAAUGGAAACUGUGAUUAUGUGCUAUCACAUGGUGAUGACUGGAUUAUUACUGUGGAAAUACUUCAGACUUUAAAUGCCCAGGCAGCACCUUACAUGAAUAGUAUAAGCCUUACGUUUAAUAUGGGAAGUGAUGAAAACACAUUUGAAGUUAAUAAGGAUGGACACAUUUUAAACAGUAACAUAAAAGACCAAAAUUACUAUACGUCAGGUGAAAUAGAAAUAUUCAAAAUUGAUACCAACAUUUAUAUGAAAUUAUACAAUGGACUCAACAUUUUAGUAGAAACUGGCGAUUCAAUGCAAGCAUUUGUCUCAGUUCCAACAUCUGGAUUUGAAAACACAAGAGGAUUGUGUGGGUCCUUCAACAGCAAAGCAGAUGAUGAUUUAAUGUCUCCUCAAAAUAUAUUGGAGCAUUCACCAGAAGCAUUUGUUGUAUCAUGGAAAGCAUCGUCUUGCCCUGAUGCAAGUACAAUUACUUGCAUUAACCUGGAUAAUGAACGGUUUGCGACUGAACAGUGUUCUCAACUCAAAGAUCCUAAUGGACCAUUUUCUCAAUGUCAUUUUUCUGUGGACUACACACCAUUUUAUGAGAGAUGUGUGCGUGCAACAUGCCAAAGUGAAAAUAUUAUCAGCAGUUUAUGUACUGCUCUGAGCAAUUAUGCUACAGAAUGUGCAGAAAAUGGAGUUUUGCUAUAUAAUUGGAGAGAUGAAAUGUGCGACAAACAAUGUAAGAACAAUCAGGUGCUCCAGUACGAAUAUGCUUCCUGUCACCGCACUUGCAUUUCACCUACUGUGGCUGACAAUUGUGAGAAUAAAACCUUUAUGAUUGAAGCAUGUGGUUGUCCAGAUGGGUUCUUCUUGAACUCAAAAGAUUCUUGUGUCCAGAAAGACGACUGUGACUGCCAUAUUGGUUAUGAUGUUAUGGAGGCACAUGCAUCAAAAAUUAUUGAUAGCCAUACAUGCUAUUGUACUGGAGGAAAUUUAAUUUGUGAAUCUAAUGAAGAUGAACAACCUGAAAUAUGCACAGGUGGUGCAGAGUUUGUAGACUGCAGAUACCCAGACGCUCAAAGACGCGUUGAUUUAGAAUGCAAUACAAGACAUCUAUCAAGAUUACGUAAAAAAGAAGACUGCAAACCUGGGUGCUACUGUCCUGUAUCUAUGGUUAGAAACUCUAAGGGAGAAUGCAUACCACCAUCUGAAUGUCCAUGUCAUUUUGGAGGUGAAGAAUAUAAAGAUGGCAGUUCUGUGAUUAAUUCCUGCAAUAAAUGUGUCUGCAACAAAGGUGCUUGGAGUUGUACAAACAAUAAGUGUGAAUCUUCUUGCCAUGUCUAUGGGGAUGGAGACUAUAUGGGAUUUGAUGAAAAGAGGUUCACGUUUGAUGGUCUCUGCCAGUAUACAAUUGUUGAGGAUUAUUGCAAUAGUGAUCACGGGACAUUUCGAAUCCUAGCACAAAGUGUACCCUGCUGUGAUGAUGGAAAAACCUGUGCAAGAAAAAUAACAAUUGAUUUUCAGGGGAUUGUCAUUACUCUCCAAGAUGGAAACGCAAUAAUCGAAAGUUCUGAAAUAUUAGAUUGCUCAAGUAGUCAAUAUACACCUUUAUAUUCAAUGAACACAGUUGGUUUAUACAUAACUUUCUCAUUUCUAAAUGGACUUACUUGUAUCUGGGACCGAUAUACAAGAUUGACAGUUCGACUAGAUUCACGCUGGAAUGGAAAGGUUUGCGGCCUCUGUGGAAAUAACAAUGGAAAUAUGAAGGAUGACUUCAAAGCAAGGGAUGGAUCUUUAGUUGUUGAAACUCUGAGAUUUGCCGACUCUUGGAAAACUGACCCGUUUUGUAAAAAUACAGAAACACAAGUAUUCCCUUGCGAUAAAAAUCCAUACUGUAAAGCUUGGGCAGAAAGAAAAUGCAAUAUCAUAAAAACUUCUGUGUUUGGAAACUGUCACAAAAAGGUAGAUCCAACACCUUACUACGAAGCAUGCAUCAGAGAAGCCUGCGUGUGUGACAUGGAAGGAAAAUAUCUUGGGUUUUGCACGUCUAUUGCAAUGUAUGCUGAAGUUUGUAAUGCUGCUGCAGUAUGUAUUGAUUGGCGUACUCCAGAUCUUUGUCCCAUUUACUGUGAUUAUUACAAUGCACCUGGAGAAUACAUUUGGAACUAUAAACCUUGUGGAUCAACAAAGAUAAAAACAUGCAAUAAUCUAGAAGUUGGACAGAAAUUCUCAAGCCUAUUAGAAGGCUGCUACCCAAAAUGUCCUGCUGAUACCCCAUACUUGGAUGAAAAUACCAUGAAAUGUGUUAGUCUUCCUGAAUGCAGUUGCUCUUACAAGGGUAAAAUGCUUGCUGCACAUUCUGGUUUUACAGAUGAAUGUGGCAGAAUGUGUGUUCUAAUUGUUCAUCUGGAUGGCUGCAAUUACUAUGGACAACUACGAGGUGGCGCCAAUCUUGUUCGCAUGAAUGAAGGCAGCUGUAUGUCUGAGCGCAAAGAGGAGCAGGCUAAGGGCAAGCGCCAGAGUAUUCCUCUGGAUGUCAAGAUUCAAGUACUGGACCGCCUGGAUAUAGGAGAGCGCCAGGUGGAUAUCAGGGCAGAUCUCCAUUUGCCUACCUCCACUAUCUGCACUAUCCUCAAAAACAAGGAUAAGAUCUGCACUUCAGCGACAAACAGCACUGCUUCUUCAGCCAAGAAGAUCCAGGUCCUACGCUCUUGA